AUGGCAGGAGUGCUUGCAGGCGGCGAUGGCAUGAUGGGUGGCUUUCCGCUUGAGCAGUGGUUCUUCGAGAUGCCAGUGUGUACGCGCUGGUGGAUGACCGCGGCCGUGAGUGCGAGCGUGCUCGUGCAGUGCCGUAUCAUCAACCCCUUCCAGUUAUUCUACAGCUUUCGCACGGUUUUCUUUAGGAGCCAAUACUGGCGUCUCAUCACAACCUUCCUCUACUUUGGUCCAUUGAGUCUCGAUCUCCUCUAUCACAUCUUCUUCCUUCAACGCUACUCGCGCCUACUGGAGGAGUCCUCUGGUCGCUCACCUGCCCACUUCUCCUGGCUACUCGCAUUCGCCUCAACAUUGUUACUCUGCAUGGCGCCGGUACUAGGCCUAGCGUUCCUAGGUUCAGCCCUGUCCAACACUCUGAUAUACAUCUGGUGCAGGAAGAAUCCAGACACCAUGCUGAGCUUUCUUGGCUUGCUUGUCUUCCGUGCUCCCUAUCUUCCCUGGGUUCUUUCCGCCUUCUCUCUGUGUAUGCAUGGGACUAUUCCCAAGGAUGAGAUUUGCGGUAUCGUGGUAGGGCAUAUCUGGUACUUCUUCAAUGAUGUCUACCCUCCCCUACACAGUGGACAUAGCCCGCUUGAACCCCCGGCCUGGUGGAUACGUCUAUUUGAAGGUCGUCCACAGCCAGCGGCAGAAGAGACAGAACAGACCGUC